UUAAAAUUAAAAUUGAUGACGUGGCAGCUAGCUUUGUAAGAUAACUUCGCAAACUGAAGGUCAGAAAUUUGAAGAAAAGCUUUGAGCAGAAGAAUUGUCCAUGGUGCUCACCGUUCUCGGACCUCUCGCCGGUCGGAGUUUCGCAAUCACCGGAAAACACAAACUGCUGCUUCUUCGUCCAACAAACCUCCCUCUUCUCCGUCUCUCACUCCCGCUUCCUCCUCCCCAAUUCUCUUCUUCUUCUUCGUCAUGCCGUCACAGUUCACCCAUAGUAUUCGCUGCACAGGAGAGUAACUUGAGUGUAUCCAAUGAAAAUGAAACCAGUGAGUGGCUGAUGCAAGAUUUUUAUACAUUGAGGAAAGAUGUUGAAAUAGCAUCAGCUCGUGUUGAAGAGAUUAGAGCUUCUGCUGGUUUGGAGCAAUUAGAACAAGAGAUUGCUAAUUUGGAAUCAAAAGCUACUGAUACCUCUUUUUGGGAUGAUCGUACUAAAGCUCAAGAAACGUUAUCGGCUUUAAACGAUCUUAAAGAUCGGAUGCGGUUACUCUCUGAGUUCAAAACCAUGGUUGAAGAUGCGGAAACUAUUGUUAAACUAACGGAAGAGAUGGACUCUACUGAUGUUAGUUUACUUGAAGAGGCAAUGGGAAUCAUUAAAGAGUUGAAUAAAUCUUUAGAUCGAUUUGAGCUAACUCAGCUUCUAUCAGGACCUUACGACAAAGAAGGUGCUGUAGUCUACAUUACAGCCGGAGCUGGAGGAACAGAUGCACAGGAUUGGGCCGAUAUGCUGCUUAGGAUGUAUAUGAGAUGGGGAGAGAAGCAGCGGUACAAGACAAAAGUUGUUGAAAUGUCUAAUGGAGAAGAGGCAGGGAUUAAGUCAGCGACCCUUGAAAUUGAAGGGCGUUAUGCAUAUGGUUACAUUUCAGGGGAGAAAGGAACUCAUAGGAUUGUUCGACAAUCACCAUUCAAUUCGAAAGGCCUUCGGCAGACAAGCUUUUCCGGUGUGGAAGUGAUGCCGCUUCUGCCUGAGGAAGCAGUGGGAAUUGAAAUACCAGAGGAGGACCUUGACAUUAGUUUCACGAGGGCAGGUGGGAAAGGAGGACAGAAUGUCAACAAGGUUGAAACUGCUGUUCGGAUUACUCACAUUCCUACCGGUGUUGCUGUCCGUUGCACCGAGGAGAGAAGUCAACUGGCGAACAAGACGAGAGCUCUGAUCAGACUAAAGGCGAAACUGUUGGUGAUUGCGGAGGAGCAACGUGCUACUGAAAUCAAGGAAAUAAGAGGAGAUGCAGUGAAGGCUGAAUGGGGACAGCAGAUCAGGAACUACGUGUUUCAUCCGUACAAACUGGUUAAGGAUGUCCGAACAGGUCAUGAAACUUCUGAUAUCACAUCUGUAAUGGAUGGUGACUUGGACCCUUUCAUCAAAGCUUACCUUAAGCAUAAGUACACCUUAGCCAUGGCUUCUGCUGUAACCAAUUAGAAUGUUGUUGAUAGGCUUCUUCCUUGUUAUAGAUAGAAUCAUCUCCCUCCUAGACUGUUCAAUUUUACAGCAUAAUCUUAAAUUCCAACAGAUAAGCUUAAUGUGAGAUUGUGAGUCAUGUCUGUUUGUAUCUAAAUAAAACCGCAUUUUGUUCUA